UCCCUCCCUUCUAUCCCGGGACUGCCGCGAGCUCCGGACCGCCAGUUUGCCGCGGCUUCUGGCGCGCGGCAGCUUCGGCUCACCUGGGCGCCCCCUCCCAGCCCCGCGCCUCAUCCCACAAAACUCCUCCGAGACCUGCCUGUGCUGCCGGGGGAGCGGCGGCCGCCCCGCGCCCAGAGGUCGUUCCCUCUCAUCCUCCCGGCCGCGGAGAGGAGACGGCGGCGGCAGCGGCCGGAGCCGGGUGGGCGGCCUGAGUUGGGAGCCCCGCCGACCCCGCUGGGAAUAUGGCGACCGGUGGCUACCGGACCGGCGGCAGCACCACAGACUUCCUGGAGGAGUGGAAGGCGAAACGCGAGAAGAUGCGCGCCAAGCAGAACACCGCCUCGGGGGCACGGCCGCCCCGGGGCGACGAGGAGGAGCGGGACGGCGCCUCGGAGAAGGGGAAGAGCUCGGGCCCCAGCGCCAGGAAAGGCAAGGGACAGAUCGAGAAGAGGAAGCUGCGGGAGAAGCGGCGCUCCACCGGUGUGGUCAACAUCCCGGCCGCGGAGUGUUUAGAUGAGUAUGAAGAUGACGAAGCCGGGCAGAAAGAGCGGAGACGAGAAGAUGCAAUCACACAACAGAACACAGCGCAGAACGAAGCCGCCAGCUCCCUCGAGCCGGGCACUGCCUGUGUGCUGCAGGACCCAUCAAGACCAGUUUCAGGCAGAUAUAAGAGCACAGCCACUGCCUCUGAAGAAGAUAUCUCAAGUAGAUACCCCCGAACAGAGAGGAGCGGGUUCACUAGAUAUAACAGGGAUGCAAAUGUGUCAGGUACUUUGGCCUCAAGUAGUACAUUGGAAAAGAAAAUUGAAGAUCUUGAAAAGGAAGUCAUCAGAGAAAGGCAAGAAAACCUGAGACUUCUGAGACUGAUGCAAGAUAAGGAGGAAAUGAUUGGAAAACUCAAAGAAGAGAUCGACUUGUUAAACAGAGACCUAGAUGACAUAGAAGAUGAGAAUGAGCAGUUAAAGCAGGAAAAUAAAACUCUUUUGAAAGUUGUUGGGCAGCUGACAAGGUAGAAGAUUCAAGGCUCAGUGCGGAAUAAAUAUUUUAAAACUACUGAUUGAAUGUCACGGUCAAAGCUAGGACGGUAUUCCUAUGCUGCAAUACAUUAAAAUAACUAUGUAUAUUUAUUUCUAGAAAACAGAUGGAUGUUUAUUUUCAAAAUGUCUUUUUCAUUAUUGGUUUCAAAAAACUAUCAACCCUUUUUAUUUUACAAAUAAGUAACAUCUUUCAGCUAUUAAAAUAAUAGGUAAUACC